AUGAUUAAAAUAAUCUUUUUUAUCAUAACUCUACAGUCAUUAAUUUCAUGCCAAGUAGAAUAUUCUAAUAUUGAUGAUAUAUCCUAAUAAGAAACAUUGUAAUAAUCUAAUGAAGAACUUUAAAAUAAGAUUAAAUCUAAAAUUGAAAAUUAAGAAAUUUAAUCUUCAAAUUAGGAUAUUUAUGAUGUUGAAUCUGAAGAAGAUAAUGAAACAUUAUUUGUAAAUUAUGAAAUUGGAGAAGAAUAAGUUCUUGAUGCAUAAUAUACUUUUAUUGAUGAUGAUGAUACUGUUGGAGCAAAUCUCUUAGAAAUUAUUCGAGAUGAUGAACUUUUAUAUUCUGAUACUCAUGAUGAUAAACCAGAAAAUAUGGUUAUUGAUGCUUCAUAAAAUUUAUAAGAUGAGACACCUUAAGCUAUUAAUUAUGAACAAAAUUAAAUAAAAUUAUGUUCUUUAGAAACUCAAACAAAUUGUUAAUAAUAAAUUGAUGAACAAUAGUCAUGA